CACUUUCACUGUAUUAGCUGCACAUCCACUUUUAUGAGGAAAGAUGGUUUUCUAAAACACCUGGCCAUGUGCGAGAGCAAAAAACCCAAAGUAACAGUUGUCGAGUUGAAAUCAGACGAGAGUUUACCUGCACCAGAUCUUCAUCUGACAACAUGUGAGGCUGGCAGUACUCAGGAGAUGCCUGUCAGUGAAGGACACAAGAAUCUGGUCUCUGAAGAUGCUCUGAAAAUCAGGAGAAGUAAAGCAUACUUUGGGGAACACUUGUGCCAUAAAAGGGCUGUAAGUGAGGAGACAGUGAGCCAGGGAGUCAGUGAUUCAGAGAUGGCAGACCAAAACUCCAGAGGUGAAGGAGAGAUUAUGGAGAAGCAGCUGAGAACAGAUGACCCAACUAUGUCCCCAGUGGAUGAAGGAGAUCCUUCAGUGGUAGAUCUCUCUGUAGUGGAUCAUAAUGUCACAGAGACCACAGUCUCAAAUGCUGCUGCCAAUCUUCAUCCUAUAGAGGCUGAUGUAGCCAUACAGACUUUGGUAAAUGAGAUGUUCUCUGGACACACAUCUGUUGAAAGCACCAUCCCAAAAAAAAGAUCCAGAUCUGAUGUACAAGAUCUGUGUCCGUUCUGUGGUUUAAUGCUGCACAGGAAGAAUCUGCAGGUGCAUUUAAGAAGGAAGCACCCAGAUCAUGUGUCAAACCAGGAGAAAUCUACCUCUGCUCAGGUGAAAAACCCCAAACAACAGAGACUCGCUUUGCGACAACAACAGAAGAUUGCAAUGGAGAGUGAAAUCAGAGCUGUGUUCAGACACUGUAUCAGCUUUCCAGUGCCCACUUCUGCCUCUGUGGUCGCUGAUGAGCUGGUGGACACUGCCAGUGAAAAGCGUUGUGUCACUAUAUUGACCCGUUGGAGUCAGUGUGAUUUGGAGAGAGGGGUAAAACUGUGUUUCUCUCAGAGAUGGACUCUACUGUGUAAACAUGACACAAUCGAGCAUGUGCUGCCGUCAGGAACAAGCUCACACAUAGAGAAGGAGUUGCUCAGCUGCCAUUCUCCUUCUGGGACUCUUCAAGCUGUCAUCCGGGAGGAUGCAGGACAUCAGUACCUGGAGGUUUGGGGGCAAAAUGGUCUGGAGAAAAGUUUGGACCUUAUAGCUCUAAAUAAACAUGGAAAAGUAUAUGAAGAUGCUCAGUUUGCAUGUCUGGUCUGGUCACCAUGUGAAAAAAAGUUGCUAUAUGUGGCUGAAAAAAAGAGGGUGGAGCCAUCAGCACAUUCAUCAGUUGCAUCAGCCAAUGAGGAUGGUGGGCUAGUGUUACUUGAGGAACAGGACAGGAACAUCUAUGUUGAAGACUGGGGUGAAGGUCUGGUGGGUAAGAGCUGUCCUGUCUUGUGUGUGGCUGAUCUCAACAAAGGGGCAGUUAUCGUUUACGCUGGCGUCCCUCCACAUAUAUCACCGGGACAGGCUCUGUGGGCACCUAAUGGAAGGGGUGUGGUGUUUGUGGGCCAAUGGAAUGAGCCGUUCAGACUGGGCCUGAAAUUCUGCUCUAAUCGUAGAUCAGCUCUCUACUACCUGGAUAUGAAAGGAAACUGUGAGUGCUUGUCAGCUGAAAGUGUGUCCGUUUCAAGCCCUCGAAUGAGUCCAGACUCUUGCUGGAUCGUAUACUUGCAGGGACAGGUGUUUGGACCACAUCGUCAGUGCCUGAGAAUGAUGCUGUAUGAUAUGAAGAGCAGAAGCACUUCAGUUUUAGUAGAUGUGGUGAGGAGAGCAGAAAAAGGUCAGUUUGCUGGAAUAUAUGAAUCAUUGCCAUCUCAAUGCUGGUCUGCAGACAAUGAGAGAAUCUUCUUUAGCAGUUCCUGUGAAAACAAUAAGGCGGUGUUCUCAGUUGACAGAACCACAGGAAGAGUCACACAAGUGUGCGGACUUGAUGCGCUAAGACUAGAUGAUUUCGGCAGUGUGCAGCUUUUGACAAUACAAAAAGACCUGAUGGUGAUGAGCUGCUCAUCUCCAAAUCAGCCUCCUUGCCUGAAAGCUGGUUUCCUCUCAUCAGUGGAUCAGGCUGAGGACAUGCAGCUUUGUAAUGUGGGCGGAGCAGAUGUGUAUGAGGGAUUUGAUUGGCAGCCCAUGUUGAUCACACCCCCUUCUCAAGAGGAGAACCAUCAGUUCUCUGGACUGAAUUUUGGAGCAAUUUUAUUGAAGCCAUACAAUCUUCCAGAGAGAAGGAAAAGUCCUCUAGUGGUGAAUAUACAUGGUGGUCCUCAUGCCCAUUUUGCUGCUGACUGGAACGCCACGGCCGCGGCUUUAACCAAACUGGGAUUUGCUGUUCUGAUGGUGAACUACAGGGGUUCCACUGGUUUCGGUCAAGAUGGCAUAGAGUCUUUGCCUGGAAACGUUGGCAGUCAGGACGUCAAAGAUGUCCAUAGGGCAGUGUUAUGCACUUUGCAGAAUGAGACGACCCUUGAUCCUGAUAGGGUGGCAGUGAUGGGUGGCUCUCAUGGUGGUUUUCUAGCCUGCCAUCUGGUUGGUCAGUAUCCAGAUUUCUACAGAGCUUGUGCAGCGAGAAACCCUGUGAUCAACGCAGCCACACUGCUUGGAACCAGUGAUAUUGUAGACUGGAGAUAUUCCUCUGUGGGGAUUCAGUAUGCUUUUGACCAGCUGCCCACAUCACAGUCCAUCAUUUCAAUGCUGGAAAAGUCACCCAUAAUACACGCUGCACAGAUCCGUGCUCCUGUGUUGUUGAUGUUGGGUGGGAGAGACAGGAGAGUAUCCCCUCACCAGGGUCUGGAGCUCUACAGAGCACUCAAGAGCAGGAAUACACCCGUCAGGUUAUUGUGGUACAGUGAUGAGGGUCAUUCGCUGUCUAAAGUCAACACUCAGUCUGACUGCUUCUUCAACAUCGUUCUGUGGUUUAAAGAACAUUUAAACUGAAGCAACAUUUCUCAGAAACGUAUAUGAAAAUAUUAAUCGAAAAAAAAUCUUCUUUUUUUUUUUGUCUGCAUAUAUUGUGUUUGACAUUCUUGCCAAAACUGUAGAUGUCCAUGAAUGUUGCACUGAGCCUGAAGUUAAAGGUUAUACAGGUCUCUGUCCACUAGGGGACAGACCAGUCCAUGUUAAAUUAGCACUGCUAAAAUAAGGGGUCAAAUGCCAAAGGAUGAAGUAAUUAUGUUUAGAAAUCAGAGCUCAUGUACUGUGAUACUGAACUUAAUAUCUGAACAUUCACUGUCGUUUGUGAAAUGUUUACUCUCUAUGUUUACUAUGUUUUUAAUGGACAGUAAUGAUCUUGCCAAUAUUUUUUGAUCAAAUCUGUUUGACUUUAAAUACAAAUAUAUGGUGAUCAUUUGUAGAUUUAAAUGAGUUUGAUUAUGAAAAAAGUACAUUUAGGAUGAAAAACCAUAAGAGAAGAACAAAAAGCAAUUUUCUAGUUUCUGAAAUGUAUCUAUAGAGAUCGUCAACAUUCCAUAUUUAUAAACAUGAUACGAGUCAGAAAUGUGUGAUAUUUAUUUUGGCCAGUGUUUAUUCCCAUAGAUCCAGGUGUGCAUGCUUGCUCUGCUGGAAGCUGUACAAGCUCACAUGUCUAAGACUCUCGUGUCCAUUUCACUUGCAGCCCUUUAAGAAAGGUAUUUCCCUCAAAGAUUUCUUUGUUUCAUAGUCUGGCAACAUUUUUGUCCUUUGAACACUUAAUCUCCAAAUCCUCUUUGACAUAUUCAUUCAGCUCUUGUGUUUCUAUCAUGAACUUUGUUUAAAAUGCUUUUUAUAUUGUUAUAUUAGGUUAUAUUUUUCAUUUAUUAGGUAUACUGGUUUGCCAUUUGUGGCACGUUUUAUGUUCCAGUGUUUUGUGGCCGAUUGUAGCAUGUGGAUUUUCAAUAUUCUGGCAGUCUCAGGGGGCAGAUUGCUUUAUACCCUGUUAAGAUUGCAUUGCUAAUGACCCACAGAGAAAGAAGUAGAACACAACAGGUCACCUGAGACCAUUGCCACAGCCACUGUGUAAGAGAGAGAGAAAGGUCUGUAUUAUUCCUCCUUUGAUCGGGUUUGGUGUAGGUGUCUGGGUCUUAGGCAGGUCAAAUAUCAUUAAAAGUCUUUCCUCUCUGUCUCAGUCUGCCUAGAUGCUGAACGACAUGCUCAUAAAGGAAGAUUAAAGAGCAAGGCAGAAUUUGAGAAUAAACACAAACACCCAAAAAGCAGAAAAUCGUUGCCAGGGGGUGAAAAGCAGAUGAAAAGCAGAAGCAGAUUAGAGGAAGUAGGUUUAAGGUCACAUUGGGGUAAAAUGAGCCAUAGCUUAGUUGGUGCUCCCAUGAGCUGUGAUGUGACAACUAAACCAAAACAUGAAAGUUAUCUGAUGGCUCAAGCUUUUUAUCCCCUCAGAAUGCUUGGAGUUGGGUAAGCUCCAGUAGGCCUGGGGUACGUUGAAUCCA